AUUCAGUUCUUAUGAAAUUCUCUUAUUCUUUUUCUAGGUUGUGCGCUUGUGUCAGAACCCCAAGCUGGCCCUGAAAAACAGUCCCCCCUAUAUUCUAGACCUGCUUCCUGACACUUACCAGCAUCUGCGGACGAUCUUGUCACGCUAUGAAGGGAAGAUGGAGACUCUGGGAGAGAAUGAAUAUUUCAGGGUGUUCAUGGAAAAUCUGAUGAAAAAGACAAAACAGACCAUCAGCCUCUUUAAAGAAGGAAAAGAGAGAAUGUAUGAGGAAAAUUCUCAGCCCAGGCGCAACCUUACAAAACUGUCCCUGAUCUUCAGCCAUAUGCUAGCAGAACUGAAAGGCAUUUUCCCAAGCGGACUAUUCCAGGGGGACACCUUCCGAAUCACAAAGGCAGAUGCAGCAGAGUUCUGGAGAAAAGCUUUUGGAGAAAAAACCAUUGUCCCAUGGAAGACCUUCCGUCAAGCCUUACAUGAAGUGCAUCCCAUAAGUUCAGGCUUAGAGGCAAUGGCACUUAAAUCAACUAUUGACUUGACAUGCAACGAUUACAUUUCUGUAUUUGAAUUCGAUAUCUUCACUCGUCUGUUUCAGCCAUGGUCAUCUUUGCUCAGGAACUGGAAUAGCCUUGCAGUGACUCACCCUGGUUACAUGGCAUUCCUGACAUAUGAUGAGGUCAAAGCACGACUUCAGAAAUUCAUUCACAAGCCUGGCAGUUAUAUUUUCCGUCUGAGCUGUACGCGACUUGGUCAGUGGGCGAUCGGUUAUGUCACUGCAGAUGGAAAUAUUCUCCAAACAAUUCCCCACAACAAGCCUCUUUUUCAAGCACUGAUUGAUGGCUUCAGGGAAGGCUUUUAUUUAUAUCCUGAUGGCCGGAAUCAGAAUCCUGACUUGACCGGUCUCUGUGAGCCCACACCACAGGACCACAUCAAAGUGACACAGGAACAAUAUGAAUUGUACUGUGAAAUGGGUUCCACCUUCCAACUAUGUAAAAUUUGUGCAGAAAACGACAAAGAUGUGAAAAUAGAACCCUGCGGCCACCUGAUGUGCACUUCAUGUCUCACUUCCUGGCAGGAAUCGGAAGGACAGGGUUGUCCAUUCUGUCGCUGUGAAAUUAAAGGCACAGAACCCAUUGUCGUUGACCCAUUUGAUCCCAGAGGUGGGGGAGGACUGCUACGGCAAGGUGCCGAAGGUGCCCCCUCCCCCAACUAUGAAGACGACGACGAUGACCGAGCUGAUGAGACAUUCUUCAUGAUGAAAGAAUUGGUUGGUGCAAAGGUAGAACGCCCUCCUUCUCCAUUUUCAGUGGCUCCACAAGCAUCACUCCCCCCAGUGCCCCCACGAUUAGAUCUUUUGCAGCAACGUGUGUCGAAUCCUCCUGGAGCUUCAAGCCCUGGGACCAGCUCUAAGGCUGCACCCGGCUCCCUUCACAAAGAUAAACCUCUGCCGAUCCCACCAACGCAUCGAGACCUUCCUCCUCCACCGCCUCCAGACAGGCCACAUCCUGUUGGGACAGAUACUCGUCCUCAGAGACGACCCUUGCCUUGCACGCCAGGAGAUUGUCCUACUAGAGACAAGUUACCCCCUGUGCCAUGUAACCGUCAGGGAGAAGUUUGGCCAACACGGCCAAUCCCCAAGGCUCCAGCUGCGGCAUUAAGCCCUGGUGAGCCUUGGGCAAGUAGAGACCUGACAAACCGACACUCCCUUCCAUUCUCGCUGCCUUCUCAAAUGGAUACCAGAGGAGAAGCCUACCGGCAUGGAAGUACCCUGAGCCUGGACACCACAGUGAACCAACCCGGUGGGCUCCCAACUGGCUUGGACAGCGAACACUCUAAAAUAAAACCUUCUUCUUCUGCCAAUGCCAUCUACUCUCUUGCUGUAAGACCGUCGCAUGGGCCAAAGCUAACACCCGGAGAGCACUCUGAAAAUGAUGAAGACACAGAAUACAUGUCACCGUCCUCCCUGCCCCUUGUGCCGCCUGCCUCCGCUGGACAAAAGCCUGAGGCCAAAUUGCCUUUGGAAACGAGCCAGAGUUCACGGGUGUUGGAGUGUGACCAGGAGAUAGAUGGGUGCACCUAUGAAGCAAUGUUCAACAUCCACUCGCAGGCAGCACCUUCUGGCUCUGAGGCUGCCAGCAUUCCUGAGGGGAUUGAUAGCAUGGCUUCCAAUGCCACUAAUGGUCCUGAGGAGUCGGAGAAUGAAGAGGAUGGUUAUGAUGUGCCUAGACCAGCUAUCCACAUGACCAUGGCUCGCCGUACCCUCUCCGAUAUCUCCAAUGCUGCCUCUGCCUUCAGUCGUGCCUCUCUGGAUGGGGAUGUUCUAACAGGUUUCUCUGAUGGUUCCCAAGUUCCUGAGAGGCCCCCCAAGCCCUUGCCUCGGAGGAUUAACUCUGAACGGAAAGCAGGCAGCUGCUUGCAAGGCGGUGGAGCAGGGCCGGUCUCUGCUGCCUCCCCACAGCUGUCCAGUGAGAUUGAGAACCUCAUGAGCCAAGGCUACUCAUAUCAGGACAUCCAGAAAGCGCUUGUCAUUGCCCAUAACAAUAUUGACAUGGCCAAAAAUAUCCUCCGGGAAUUUGUCUCCAUUUCGUCCCCUGCCCAUGUGGCCACAUAGCACAUCCCUUAGCUCUGCCUGGGACACCCCUGUGCAUCACCCUGCCUGGGCAGUUUCCUGCCCAGCUUCUACCUAGAGGAGUUAAUAGGCUCCUCGAGAGACUUCCUGAGAAGUCAGGCCUGCCUCGACAGAGCAUUGGUCAUCAGGGUUUUAUGCGAUUCCAGGUUUCAAAGCGAGUGGCGUGAAAUGGAGCGGAUAGGUGUGUCCUCGACCGUCUUGUGUGUCUUCUCUGGAGUCUCCCCAGUUUGUGCCCCUGAUCCCUGCACUUUCUAGUUUUGAGAGAACGGAUGUGUUGCUUUUUGAUAGAUAUGUCUGGGCUCCUGUGUCUGGUGGACUGGGGAGGGUGGGCUGGGAUAUAUGUCUUGUGCUGUGAAUUCAAACUGGAUGCCAGUAUGUUCAAUGGUAUCUCCAUAUUGCUCAUGGUGUGCCCUCGUGGGGUUCAGGGUACUAGAUUUGGGCCUCUUUGCUGCUGUAUGUUUUGGCUCGCUUUUGAGACCUUCUGCAACUGGGUACAAGUUGUAAAGAAAGCAAGAGAUUUCAGUAGCUCCCUCCUGUUAUAAUAUCUUCUCUUGUUCAUCUUCCUUGCUCCCUUCUAUGUUCAUAGUCAUUUCCACCUUCUUGCUGUGCCGAGUCAGGCAUCUCUUGCUUCCAGCGUUGCUUGCCACACACUGGAUUUUAAGGCAGUGGGUGCUGGACUUCUCACCUAUGCCGGCGAGGCUCAGAAGCUCCUUAGUUUUCUAGCCCCGAGCAUUAUACUCUGAAGUGUUCUGAUGUGAAGCAGGACUGUUGUGGAGUGGAGCCUGAUCAGUGUCUGACAACACUCCUUAUGCUAUUGCUGGUUGACACAAUAUGCCAUUUUGGGGGCAUCUAGAGGUCUCAUGGGCAUCACAGCCAUUCCAUCCUCUGAUUAGCGAGCUUCCUUUCAGUGGGAGUGAACCAUAUGCAGGGUCUCUUAUGCACUGAUGUAGAGAAGUGUGUUUAGCCUACAUGGAAAUCUCUUAAUAGCUCAGCAGUGAAAAUUCAACUCUUAGCCGUUCCCAAAACAUUGUGAAAAACAGGGAUCUUUUUCUUCCUUCUUGCUCCAUUAGAGAUGGGAGGAAGCUCAGACCUUUUUCCAGGUGACAAGAAAAUUGGUAUGAUUUAAAAAAAAACAAAAAAACCAUCAUUGCUGUAUUUGAAAGGAGUGAAAAGCACUCUUGCUUGAGGAUUGUGGCAGCUUGAUGGCAGUGCUAGAAAAAGAUGUAUUGGGGUUUUGACAACCACAAUCGAGCAGGCAGCUUGCAUUCGAAAGACUUCCUUUUGUCUUUUUAAAAACCCACUCACCAAGCCUUUACUGCAGUCUAUGCAUUUGCAGUAUUAGCCGUGACAUGAAGAUGUACAUCUUGAAAUACAUUGCCUGUUUAAUCUUUUCCUCCCUGCAGUUGCCUGCUUGAAUGGACACUGGUUUUUCUGCUCCAGAUAAAGUAAUGAAGUCUUUUCCACUGAAAGACGGGGCCAGAGGAAAACUGCUUGUAUGGAUUGUGUUUCGCUCUAUGUGGGUAACCAUGAUUAUGAUAGUCCAUAAGCGCUUGGAUCUCUGGGAAAUAAUUACAGAGGAUAUUUGUGCAGGCACCCAAUGGUAGCAGAUUGCUUUUCAGCUCCAGCAAUGAUGCUUACAUGGGAAAGCUUGAAGAUUGGAAGCCACUGGAAUAAAUUGGCUGUUUCCUACAAUGUGGGUAAAGCUGAUUUGGCCAACAGUGGCCCUUGUGUAACUUUUUGUGGCCCAGUGAGGGUGCUGCCUGAUGUUCCAUGCGCUGUACACUCAGUGGCAACAACAGUCUAAUCUUGCUGCUUUCAUAUGAAACACUGUGAAGAUGUUUAACCUCACAGACUUCAAUCAUAGUGCAUGUUAGAGAGUGUUUGUUUUUGGUUUGGUUUGUUGAGAUCCAGAUAGCAUUUAGAAGCACUAAACGAAGCCUCUCUGUUCUCUUACAAGCAGCCACAGGGUAAAAAGAAUUGUAACUGGGUAGUUUCUUAAGAAUCAAGUGGCCUCUGCUUUUCUUCUAAGUGUGAAAAGUUGUUGUGGUCUUGGAUGCUUCUACCUUUUUUGCUAUUUCUCCCUAAAACUCCUGCUGACUCUACAUUGAAUGGAGGAUCGGUUUGCUAGGAGCAGGUUCUUUGCGAAGCUGGGCUUUUCCACUGGUGGAAGAAGCUGUGAGUUUAGGAAGCACUGGGGAAUUCGUCGGAAACCGGCCUUAAUUCCCAGCUGGCCCAAGCGUUGCCCUCCCUUUGCCAAAACAGGAGUAGCAGCACCAAUAAUUUGUCUCUGUGGAUGGGGCAUUUGUAAGACUCCCAAGAGGGUCAGCCCUUCUUUUUGGGAAGACUUCUGCCUAUCGGGACCAUUCCACAGAUUAGAUAUACAUGGUUCAGCAUUGUAGCAUGUGUAGCUGACUGGACUCUUCUGCAUGUGUCCUUUCUAUCCACUUCUCGUGUCUUAAAUUUAUACCAGGAAACUUUUUUUAAGUGGCUCUUUUCUCCUCAAACCACAUGAAUGUCUUCGUUUGCAAGCACAAGGGAGGCAGAGCAGAAAUGCUUCCCAAGGUGUAGCUUCCCAAGGUAUAACCCCUGCUGCUUUUCAAUUUCCCCACCCCAUCCAUGUCUCUUACUCUAAGGUGGACUUUGUUUUUACUUUAAAGCCAAAUGUAUAGUGCCUUUGAAUAGGAAAAAUGCUGUAUCGCCAGGCUUUAAAAGAAAAGAGACAGAUGGAAAACUUGACCAGGGAAAGCUGAGGAGCUGCUCUUUGUAUACAAUGGCUUGAAAGAAGACCCUCCCUCAAAGUGAGCGUGGUGGCAUGUGACAGCGCAGCCUGACAAGCUUUCCUACCUUAAGCCCCAUACUAACCAUGCAUGGUUGGUGUUGACUGCUACCCUAAGCGUGACUUAAAGGGGGAAGAACUCUGAUGCAGGAAUUUUUAAAACAUACAUGAUGGUGUGGGUCAUCAAGAAAGAAAACGAAGCUGCCCCAUCUUCCUUUUCCCUCCUUGAAAGAAUGCAGACUUGCGUCACAUCUGACUGGAAACAAGGUCCAGCUGCACCUCCUGGAAUAUUUGGGAGCAAUCUCCUUGGUGGGGCCUCCAUUUGCAAAACACUGGAGGGACUGAACAUGGUCCACCAGGAUCUUUUCUUGUGCAACGUAAUGUUGAAACUCCCAUUCAUUUCUCUCUCUCUGUGCAUGUGCACCCAAGACAAAAUUCCUGUGGAUUUUAUCCCUGAGCAUUCAGUGUUCGUGCCUAUUUGGUUUGCAGAGGUUCUCUGUUUGCAAACACUCUGCCUCCCGGACUCUUAGCGCUGCAGCUGCCUUUGCGGAAUGAGCAUGUUGUGUGGCUUUAUGUCACCCUUCCUGUGGCCAAUUCUGGAGUGGUAUAAUUCACCGAUUUAGCCCACUGAUGGAGAACUGCUGUCCUGAGUCAAAACUGCAAGUGGAGGGGAAUGUGAAGACUGAAAUGCUAAAUUUACAAAUGACCUUUGUUGGGUGGGAGAGGGGUUAAUAAGUAGCUUUAUUUCUCUUGAAGGUUGAGAACCAAUUUUAAUAUCAGUGUUAAAAAAAAUUCAGAUUUUCACUAUUUUAAAAGUUAUAAUGUCAUUAAUAUAAAAAAAUAUAUAUUAGCAGUAUUUAAUCCUUUCAGACCUGUAAAGAAUAAGGACAGAAGGUAAAUAUUCUUACAGAGUAGCCGAGCUUUAAGGUUCGUUUGGUCUUCAUUUUGUUCUGCAAAUGCAUUGUUAAUGUUUUAGAGGUUAUACUAAUGUUAUUUAUUUUCUAUUUUUCAUUCUUGUAAGCUGCCCACUAAAGAGCUCUGGGGGGGAGGGAGGGAGAUGGGAAGAUUUAUGGUAUUCGAUGUGUGUCGAUAAAAGGAAAAACAAAAACAAAAGUUUUAUUUUUAAAUAAAUUUCUUUGUUGUAGCAUA